AUCGCCUUGACUCUUUAGCCUGUCCCACUUGGGACACUUGCUGGAACCUCUCUCUUCAUCCUGCAAAAUGACAAUUUCAUGUGCUGCCAACGUACUCCUGACGGCUGCGGGGCUGUGAAAAGUAUUUUCGUGCCUACCGCGCGGUCAUGGAACGCCGGUCUCGUACCGGUCUAGCUUUUAGCCGCGAAGCAUGCGAGUGCCCAAUAUUUACCGACUCGCUCCAGACCACGUUGAGACCUGCUUAGACCGUGCACUGGCGACUGUAUAACGACCCUUGCGACAUCUGCUGAACCGCAACCACUCUCCUUCACCACUACAACUACCACUACACAGUACAAUCGACUAUGCCGGCGUCCCUGGGCUUCUGUGCUCACCGACGCGCGGCGUUCUUCCUCGUUUUAGCCCUCGCAGCAGAGGCCGUCUCUGCGGCGCGCCCCUCGAAGCGAUCGACGACGGACCCGACGCAAGUUUCGGGCAAGACAUUCGAUUUCGUCGUGGUCGGAGGCGGGACCGCGGGGCUUGCCGUCGCCGCCCGGCUUGCGGAGUGGAAGACGGACAUCCAGGUGCUCGUUAUCGAGGCGGGGUCGGACGGGACAGAGUUCCAGGACCAAAUUACAAUCCCAGGGAUGUCGUAUCUGAAGGGUCUUACGCAGUCGACUUAUGACUGGAACUACCAGACGACGGCGCAGACGAACGCGAACAACGGGGUGCGGACCUGGCCGCGAGGCAAGGGUCUGGGCGGAUCGUCCGCUAUAAACGGCGGCUUCUGGUGUCGCGGCAGUCAAGGCGAGUACGAUGCAUGGAAUACACUACAGCAGGGGUCCGGGACGACAUCGCCAAACGACUGGGGCUGGGAUGCCAUGUCCACGGCGAUGAAGAAGUCCGAAACAUUCACGCCGAUGUCGGCAGAUAACGCCAACCUGAUGUCUGUCACGCACGAUCCCGCCGCGCACGGCACGUCCGGCCCGAUCCAAGCCAGCUACAGCUCGUACCAGUUCUCGCACCUCGCGACCUGGAUCCCGACGAUGGUCAACAUGGGGCUGCCGCACGUGCUCGAUCCGGCGAACGGCACCAACGUCGGCGUGUCGUUCACGCCCUCGAUCAUCAACCCGGCGAACGGCUCGCGCUCAGACUCGAAUUUCGGAUACAUCGCCCCGUUCGCGGGCACCAAUUUGAUCAUCCUGACUGGUUACCAGGUGACGAAAAUCAACUGGAAGUCGACGGCGAAGGGCGCCGCGGUGGCCAGUGGCGUGUCGUUCUCGGCGAGUGCUGGCCAGAAAGAAUUCACCGUGAAUGCCGGGAAGGAAGUCAUCCUUUCCGGUGGAACCAUUGGAUCACCGCAGAUCCUUCAGGUGUCGGGUGUCGGGCCAACGGAUUUGCUCAACAGUCUCAACAUCCCAACCGUAGUGGACCUGCCAGGCGUUGGUGCCAAUCUGCAAGAUCACUAUUCAGUUUCCCUGUACAUGCAGGCAACGGACAACAACACGUGGUAUGAGCUCAAGGCCAACCAGACGCUGUGGGACGAACAGCUGGCGAUUUGGCGAGCAAGCGGAACGGGAAUGUGGACGUACUGGAACGAGGCCACGGCUUAUCCGGCAAUGUCGCAUGUCAUGGGCUCCAAUCUCGCCAACUGGGCUGCGGGCAUCGACGUGACGGCGGCAGUCAAUUCUGCGGCUGCGCCGCUAGAUCCGACCGUGCAGGCGGGUCUGAAGGCGCAGCUGGACAUCGUCAAACAAUGGGCAAGCUCGCCGGAUAUCGGCCAGCUCGAGCUCAUCUUCAACAUGUUUGGUGGUGGUCUCGGUGGAAUUGGCAUCCAGUUCUGCUUGCAGCAUCCGUUCUCUCGCGGAAACAUCCGGAUCCAGUCGCCGUUCACGUUUGAUCCCCCUCUGAUCAACCCGAACUACCUGGGCUCGUCGUACGACCUGGACAUCAUGCGUGCCGCCUUCAAGUACGUGCGGCAGAUCAUCGCCACUGCGCCUAUGUCGACUAUGCUUGUCGGCGAGAGCGGCCCGGGGCCAUCUGUGAGCACUGACGCGCAGAUCGACGCAUACCUGCAGUCGACCGGUGUGACCGAGUACCAUCCGAUCGGCAGCAAUUCAAUGAUGCCGCUUGAACUCGGGGGCGUGGUGAACACCAGCUUGGUUGUGUAUGGAACGACGAAUGUGCGGGUCGUCGACAUGUCGGUCGCGCCGCUGCAUGUGGCGGCACACACGAUGGGCACGGCCUACGGCAUCGCUGAGCAGGCUGCGGAGAUGAUCAUCGCCGCCUACACAGUCAACAACGCCGGCUCUGGUUCGUCGGCCUCUGCUUCCGGCGCUUCCGGCAACAGCCCGACGGGCCAGCCGAGUUCUGCGGGAUCGUCGAACAGCAACAACUCGGCCAGCACACCAGGUACCGCUUCAUCGAGCAUGUCUACGGGGACGAAGAUCGGGAUCGCCGCUGGAGCUGCCGUGGCGGCUCUGAUCGCGCUCGUUGCAUUGAUCAUGAUGCGGCGCAAGAAGAACGACCGCCGCGAUCAGAUCGCUCCCGGCACGCUGGGCAAAGACGAUCCGUGGUACAGCGAAGACAUGCAGAUGCAGCCCCAGCCCCCGUACAUGACACGGCACGCGUCAAAUCCCAGUAUGGACAGCACAGUCCUCGGCGCAUCGGAGCACAAGGCUGUCGAGUACGACCAGCAGUACUACAACCCACAGGUCUACAACGCCACGUCACAUGACGGCCACGACUAUGGGCAGGAAUAUGGCUCCGCUCAGCAGUACGGCGAUCCGUCCCAGUACGCUCCUCCCUCGCAAUACGCUCCGCCGUCACAAUACGGCGCAGUGCACUCAAAUCUCUCCACAGCAGAUGUCACAGCGCUGCAGGCGCCGCACUCGCCUGUGAUAUCUCCCCAUUCCCUUAUAUGGAUGUCCCUCCACAGUCUGGACACAUCUGACACUCCUUUCGCCCGUAUUCUUGACCGCAUCCGUUCAUUGACUCUACCGGACACUUAUUGAAGUGCUGUACAUACCAUAUAGCGCAGCAUGUAUUGUAGAUAAUUACCGAACAAAAAGGCCUGGCGUCAUGAACGUAGACUUAGCGCGGAAUUUGUAGAUACAAUAUACAUAAUGACCUGUCUGUGUCUGUCGAUUGCUCACAUCUCCCUUGGCAAGUCGCCAAUUGGCCCUAUCGCGAACUAAAACAGGCCUCUGAAACACGGUCGAUUACUUAAAGAUCCAAGCCGGUUAUUCCGAACUAACAUGUACUACUAUCUCCGUGGGGAUACGUAUGUUCUUGCUCCCAUCGAAGGACACACAAGGGGCUCGCAGAUGCAGAGGGCGCCGCUAGAUUCUGUACGCCAUGGAUCCUCAGUAUCUUCGAGCGAUAUUAUUGGUGUAGUAAAUUUUGGUCCGAAUACGGUCGAAAUGUCUGGGCCACUAAGAAAGAUGGAGUGGAAGAAGGGUCAGGAGAUAAUUCCCUUUUGAGCUUUCAGGUGGAGCACCAGCUAAUAUGGGGCACGUGAUGCAUUCCCAUAUCGAGCUCCACUUGCACAACUCCGAGAGAAGCCCGAGACGCAGACUUGGUACAUCUUUUCUGGUCGCUUUCUGCACUGUUUCGUCCAGAAUCGCGUGGCUGCACGUAUCUCCGUCUUGCCAAGCUCGUCCACAGUCAACAUGUCGAAAGCUUCCACCUCACCCAUCCGCGUCGCGAUUCUCACAGUCAGCGACACCGCCUCGGCAGAUCCUUCCGCAGACAAAUCCGGCCCCACUAUACGCAAUCUGCUGCUCACCAACCCAAACGCCUCGUUCGACAGCCGCGACGCAGACAGCCUCAUCGUCCCCGACGAUGUGGAGCAGAUACAGCGCGCGGUGCGCACUCUGUGCGAGCGCAAGGACGUCGAUUGGAUCAUCACGACCGGCGGGACCGGGUUCGGCGUGCGCGAUCGGACACCUGAAGCCAUCGCGCCGCUGCUCGAGCGCCACGCCUCGGGCCUCGUGCACCUCCUGCUCUCGUCGUCGCUCGCGCACACGCCGAUGGCCGCGUUGUCGCGGCCGGUCGCGGGGACCAUCGGACGCACGCUCGUCGUCACCUUGCCGGGCAGUGUGCGUGCUGUCACGGAGAACCUGGGGGCGUUGUUGGCCGCGGGCGUGGUCGGACACGCGGUGGAGCUGAUGCGCGGAGGGCAAGGCGCGGGGCAGGAGGUGCACCGGGCGCUCGCAGCGCAGGCUGGAGCCGCUCCGCAAACGGAGACCAGCCCCCAGCACCAUCACCACCACCAUCAUGAACACCACCUCCAUGAGCAUGGGCAUGCGAUCCCCCAGGCUCGGACUCUGUCGCACGAUCCGGCCAGCGGAGUCGCAGCGCGGAAUCGCGUGUCGCCCUAUCCAUUGGUGUCAUUCGAACAUGCACUCGAGCUCAUCAUGCAAGAGCUCCAUCCAUUAGGGAUUGAGACGCUCCCAGUCCAGCCGGCUCUUCGAGGUCAUGUCUUGGCAGAGGAUGUACACGCCUCCCAGAACAUACCAUACACACUCACAACCAACGUCGAUGGAUACGCUCUCCAUUCUAGUCAGCCGGCUGGAACAUAUCGCGUGCUAACAUCCCAAACGCACGAUCGCAACACCGCACUUCCGCCAAAUACCAUCUUCCGCGUCAACACCGGCGGGCCGUUACCCGCUGGCGCGGACGCCGUGAUCAUGGUGGAGGACACGCGUGUCGUUUCCGAGGCUGAUGGGGAAGAGCAAGCGGUGGAAUGUCUGGCGCAAGUCCCACCGGGCGAGAAUGUACGGCAGCCGGGCUCUGAUGUGCGACAGGGCGAGCUGGUGUUGGAGAGAGGCGAUGUGUUGUCCGGUGGAGAGAUCGGGACGCUUGCUUUCGUUGGCCAGAAAGCGGUGAAAGUGAUCCGACGGCCGAUUGUGGCGAUUAUGAGCACCGGGAACGAACUGGUUGACUUGCAGAAACCCUCGUCGACAUCAGACACAGAAUGGGGAGGCAUCUGGGAUACUAAUCGGCCGGCGUUACAUGCCUCACUCGAGAGACUCGGAUACGAGGUGCUAGACCUGGGAAUCGUCGCGGACGAUAUGGAAUCACAUACUCAGGUCAUGUCGGAUGCACUGGCGCGCGCCGACAUCUUAUUGACGACUGGAGGCACUUCGAUGGGGCCUACAGAUCUCCUCAAACCUGUCAUUGAACGUCGGCUGAAUGGUGCGAUCCACUUCGGUCGUGUCACCGUCAAGCCGGGCAAACCAACCACAUUUGCGACCGUUCCCUAUCCCGGUGCCGAUGAACACACUAUCAUGAAGCCCGUUUUCGCGCUGCCGGGUAAUCCGGCCUCGGCAUUGGUCACGUUCUACGUGUUCGUCGUCCCUGCUCUGCGACGAUUGGGAGGAUGGGCCGUGGAAAAGUGCCAGUUGGCACGGAUUCCUGUCCAACUUACAACCCCCAUGCCCCUCGACCCUCGCACUGAAUUCCACCGGGUGGUGAUCCACGCAGAUAUGCAUGGCCUCAAAGCCUAUAGCACUGGUGGUCAGAGAUCCAGUCGCGUCGCAAGCCUGAAUAGCGCCAAUGGAUUGGUGGUGCUACCCAUGAAAUCGGCAGACCAGUUGGUAUUGGAAGCUGGCUCGAUCGCAUCCGCUGUUCUGAUUGGUGAUAUUCUGUAAUCCAUGUAUGGUUUUGCAUCAAAGAUAAUGAUCAGCGCUCCAAAGACGA